GAGGAAGAGCAGCUUUGGCUGAAGGAUGAAACUGUGAAAUUUCAACAGCUCAUCCAGGGGAAUCCCGAGGCGUUCCCAGGCCAGCCGAGAGAUGUCGUCCGUCCAGCAUGUCCUGGGUCUUCCCCGCGGCCUCCUCCAGAUGGGACAUGCCCGAACACCUCAUCAGGGAGGCGUCCUGGAGCGCUGUCCUGUCCUGCCCAUCUGUUCUGCCCGGUUAGAGCUUGGUGUGAUGAGAGUGGUAACCUUCAGCUCUUCUCAAGACCAGACAAAACGGCAGGUAUGGAUGAUGGCAGCCUAGAGCAUGAAAUUAACUUGGCAUUACCUGACCUGCAUGAAGAGACAACAAGGACACUUAUUGAACACCUAAGAGAUAUUAUUGGUGUCAGAAACAGAGAAGAUCUCUUGUUUGUUGAGCCCGGCGACCUCAAGUCUUUCCUGACGCCAAUACAAAGUCAAAGACUCAUUCAAGUAUUCAGAAAAGAUGACCAAGUGGAGUCAAAUUCUUCAAACCCCUCAACGGAACCUGAAACCGACAGUCCACCAACUGUGCUUGUGUCACUACAGGGUUAUUCACUCCAUCCUCCACAAGCAUCAGGCCUUCUUCCUUCCACACAACCAAAUGCAAGCAACGCCUCCUGGAUCAGCAGUUUCUUAGUUCCGUGGGAGAAGAUGCCGACAAGACUCUCACAAGCCAUGGCAACUGGCAGAAUGGCUCACCCAGAAGACAGGAGAAUAAUGAUUAGGACUGUUGUAGAAGGAAUGCGAGUACACUGCUCCAACCCCAAUAGAGCUGCUUGUGCAGAGGUAGCUAGAGCUAUUGUAUCUAAGUAUCCCGCUACCUUUGCAGAUAAGACUGCAGAAGGUGAGCAGUUAGGCUGUGGUUAUUAUUCCCUACUGAAACAGCUUAAGACGAGAGUUGAACAUGUAAACAGAGACAAUGUCAGCAGCAGAAUCCGACAGCCAAGGAAAAGGUCUACAAGUGAAAACGGUGAUCCUGCCAUCAAAAGAGGGAGAUCUGAACUUGAUAGCUAUGGUUGCAUCAACUGGCAACCCACAACUCUACCAGAAGGAGAAACAGCUGAAACCUUAGAGACAAAAAGACAGAUUAUGUCAACUGUCUUCAGAUCAGCAGGUCCUCAAGCUAUUGAGACAACAGAUGUUAAUGAAUUUAUGUCAUUGACUUACACUUACCAGCGACACAUGCUUAACUCUUGGCCUGCCCCCACUUUAUGUGAGAUUCAAGAGCAUUGGCCAUUUCUGUUUACUAAAAGAGGCCUCUGCAUGCACUUCCACACACUCACUGAUAUUGAGGUGGACACACGCCUCAGUGAAGCUCUUCGUACGAAGGGAAGGAGAAUUUGGAACUUCUUUCAAAGCCAGAGACUCAAGUGGAGCAAGGAGACUGAACAUCUACUACGGGAGUGUGACAGCGCAGAGUUGAAUCAAAACCAGAUCGCCACAACAGCCAUCCUUCUACUGAUGAAGUACUUCCAAGAAAAAGAGGACUCAAUCUUCAUCUUGGCUGAUGCAUUUUCCACUAAGAUGUCUGUUGAAAGAGAGAUGACCUUACCCACCACACCAAGGGUAAUAGUGCUUGGAAAUGAUUUGGUGUCUGCAACCCGGUGGAUGGUCAGUAUGGAGGGCAAGGUAUUCUUUGAGCCUGAGCAGCUGCAUGACUUUGCCAGCGCCCUUGCUGUCUUCUUUGCAUCAUACUACGUCUUCAACCUGGAGUAUCAAGAGUCAGCAUCCACCACGAUGGAGAUGAUACAGAGAUUCUUUGUGAGGAUCAACCCAGAUGUGGGUACAAAAUGCCCUGCCAAACUAGGUACGAGCCGCAAGACAGGACGUGUUGUCAAGAGAAAAGUGGCAAGCAUCAGUUCUCGGGUCAUCACCUUUCUCCAGCGACUUGCUGAAUUUUAAUGGAGGACUUCCAACUAGGUGGCGAUGGAGAGAAGACUCAGCUGAAUCUGACCAUCCUGGAAACUGAAACCUGAAACCCAUGUCUUAUUCUAUGUGACUUCAAGGGAAAAAUUACUGGGGACCCACUGAUAAGUAUUGUUUUUUUAUUAUUUGUUGAAUAUUUUUUUCAUUCUGUCAGACGGGACUGGCAGAAUAAUCCAUUCAUUCACUGUUCGUGCUGGUGGAUUUGUUCUGUUUUGAGAAGAAAGUUAAAUGUUGCAAAAAUGUUUUUUCUUUUUAAAGGAAAAAAAGUUGCUUUUAAGCUGUCAAUGUUUCAUUGUUGAAAGUAUAUGAAACCCAUGAUAAGAACAGUCAUAUUCUGUGUUACUAAUCAAUGAAAUUCUAGGGAAAAUUUACUGGAAACCUCCUGAUACGUAUUUCAGUUUUUUGUCUUUAUUAUUAUUGUUGUUAUUAUUAUUAUUUUCUGACAGACAGGGGACUGGCAGAAUAAUCCAUUCAUUAAAUGUUCAUGCUGGUGGGUUCUGUUUAGAGAACAGUUAGGUGUUGCAAAAAUGUUGUUAAAAUAUUUAUUUUAACUUGUGUGUUUAUUGUUUGUUUAUUUUGAUUCUGUGUUACUCAAUGAAAUUCUUGGAAAAUUUACUGGGGACCCCUGAUUGUUACUUUUAGACAGGGGACUGAUAGACAGACAGACAGGUGAACCGCCAUGUCUUUAGUUUUUUAUAGCCUUUUGCAUCAUCAUUGUUGGCACUUCAGUGAUGUCAUGUGCUCAUAUUGAUGCAUGUGUCCAAUUGGACAACAUUUGUUAUGUCCUGUGCUGUGACAUUGUUUUAUGGGAUUGAAAAUGCAUUUAAUUGUGAAAAGUUUGUUGACAAUAAAUGUCUGUUUUAUUCACCAUU